ACUCAGAAUUCGGACAGCACUACAAAAUGGCUGACACCCAAUAUAGUGCACUAUAUAGUGGAUAGGGAGCGGUUUCGGACACAGCACUGAACUUGUUUAGCCACAAAUACGCGCGCGCCCUGCUCUCAUACGUGAGCUGAGCUCCUACGCACUACGUCUCCUGUGACGUAAGGCCGUACAAACCCCCCUCGCCAGCAGGUCAGCCGGCGUCAGUCUGACUGGAAUAGUGCACAGACUUAUGUUUCUAUUUGUGACACGGACUCAGAGCGGAAUAAACAGAGCGGACGAGCGUGAUUCGGUGACCUGACGCGCUCCGGUUCGGUUGAGAGACGGCGGGCUUGGAGCAGCGCGUAAAUCCGGUAACAUAGUGCAGAUUUCAGUGCAGAAAUCGCUGCAGUCUGUCCGACCGGUCUUUCACCGUUGCCCUCAGAUGUAAAGCAGCUUUAAACAGCUCAAUAACACGACGGAAAGUCGUUUAAUAUACAUUUAGAAGUGGCUAGUUGCUUCUAAGCUACUUUUGUUGUUGUUGAGGUAUGACGUCAUACUGUCAGGUAACUCCACGCUGGUCAUUCAUGCUCACCUGACCAGCAAUAAACAGCUGAAAAACAUGACAUGCUGUCAUUAAUGGCUCCUGGCUGACGAGCUGUAGUGGCAGGUUGAGUGGCAGGUACGUUUUGUUUUGACAUGACGUCAUAGCCCUUGUUUGGUGACGUCACAGAGCUCAGUUCCGGUUGCCACUGGCUCCACAAGGAAGGAGUUAUGAGCAGUCUUACUAAGAAAACACAGUUUAUUAACACUCCUGGCAAUAAACUGUCUUUUGGCAAUAGAUACCGUAAUGAUGCCUACAUCAGCCUUUACGACGAGUCCAUCGGGAGAGGGAUGUACACAGUGCGGUCAGACACAGACACACACCCUUCACUCAGGAACCAUGACCAUCCUGCCUCAGGCGUCCUCCCUAGGGGCCGUCUGGACCCUCGCACACCUCCUGAAGACCGCACAGGCCCUGCCUCAGACAGCCACGGACAGGAGCGUCUGCUCGGCUCCAGACACAGACUCCAGCUGACCACCGAGCUGGGGCCCGAGGAGGUCAGGUGGUCUUACAAAGAGGACAAGAAGACAUGGAAGCCCUUCAUGGGACACGACUCUCUCAGGAUAGAGAUCAUGUAUCGCAGAUUCUGCGAGUUAAACCAGGAAAGGGCUUUGAGGCGUGGUGGAGAGGAGACUCCAGAAGACGAUGGGCUUGAUGGAGGUCAGUCAUCACUGGAUACCAGCAAGAAGGGCAGCGACUUCACGAUCGAGGCCGUGUGUGUCAGAGGAGGACUCUAUGAAGUGGAUGUGAGGAAGAAAGAGUGCUAUCCGGUGUACUGGAACCAACAGGAUCGUAUCCCUGUCAUGAGAGGCCAGUGGUUCAUUGAUGGCACAUGGACGCCCGUAGAGGAGGAUGAGAGCGACCUCAUAGAGGAAGAGCACCUGGCGUGUUUCAGAGGACAACAGGUACAGGACGCUUUUGAGACUGACACGCUGAGCAAGACUGUGGACAGAAAAGAUGUUCUUUCCCAUUUUCCCCCAUUCUACCCUCACUUUCUAUUCAGAUGGAGUGGAUAUCAGACGAGUGCUAAAAGUCACAAGCGAAAGCGAUGCCAAGCCGUUCACAGUGUGCAGUUGAGCUGCAGUCAUGUGGACUGGUACAGCGUGGACGAGGUGUAUCUGUACAGUGAUGCCACCACGUCUAAGAUCGCACGCACCGUCACGCAGAAGCUGGGCUUCUCUAAAGCCUCCAGCAGUGGCACCAGACUGCACCGCGGCUUCAUGGAAGAGGCCUCGCUGGACGAUAAAACCCCUCAGACCACACACAUUGUGUUUGUAGUCCAUGGCAUUGGACAGAAGAUGGACAAGGAUCGUAUCAUCAAAAACACUGGCAUGCUGCGGGAAGCUGUGAGGAAGAUGGAGGAGAAGCACUUCGCUGAUCAAACAGAGGAACACGUGGAGUUUCUGCCGGUCGAGUGGCGCUCCAAACUGGCUUUAGACGGCGACACAGUGGAGUCAAUCACACCAGACAAAGUGAGAGGCCUGAGAGACUUACUCAACAGCAGCGCCAUGGACAUCAUGUACUACACCAGCCCUCUCUACAGACACGAGAUCACUAAAGGUUUGACGCAGGAGCUCAACCGUCUCUAUUCUCUCUUCUGCUCACGAAACCCUGAGUUUGAGAGCAGAGGAGGCAAAGUGUCCAUCAUCUCCCACUCGCUGGGCUGCGUGAUCACCUUUGAUAUCAUGACCGGCUGGGAUCCUGUGCGCUUCUGUCUGCAAGAACAUCAGGAUCAUCUGGAGGGAGAAGAUCUACACUGGGCCACUCGUGAAGAGCGCCACCUGCUGGAGGACGUGCAACUAACCAGACGAAGGGUACGAGAACUGCAAGAUCAACUUCAGGGCCUGAAGGCAUCAAAACCCACACCCUUCCCUACAUUAACGUUUAAGGUGGAGAACUUCUUCUGCAUGGGGUCUCCUCUGGCUGUGUUUCUGGCUUUGAGAGGCAUCCGGCCAGGGAACAGCGGUCAUCAGGACCACAUCAUGCCCAAAUCCAUCUGCCGGCGCCUCUUCAACAUCUUCCACCCAACAGAUCCUGUGGCCUAUCGACUGGAGCCUCUAGUUUUAAAGCACUAUAGCAAUAUCGCUCCUGUGCAGAUACACUGGUGUAACACCAUCAGCCCCACCCCGUAUGAUGAGAUCAGAGCCACCUAUCUAAGUGUGAGAGACAGCGCAGCGAGAGACACGGAGAGUCCCAGUCCCAGCAGAUCACCUGUACUGGUCAGGACACAGUCCAUCACCAGCCUGGGCAAGGCCAGCAUACUGGGUGCUGCGAGUAUCGGUAAGGGCAUCGGGGAGAUUUUAUUCUCUCGAUUCUCUCGAUCACCCAGCCUGCCGUCCGCUGUGGACUCUGGGAUUGGUGACAGCGAGGACAGCCAGUACACCUUUACAUGUUCAGCCAUAUCUCCAUCCUCUUCCUCCUCUUCAUUCGAUGCAGCAGCUGAGAUGGAGCAUCGCAUUGACUUCGAGCUUCGGGAGGGUUUGGUGGAGAGCCGCUAUUGGUCAGCUGUGACCUCACACACGGCCUACUGGACGUCCCAUGACGUCGCUCUGUUCCUCCUGACCUUCAUAUACAGGCCACAGAGCACAGACCAGACAGAAAACCCCAGUCCCGUGUAGCACAGACGGCACUUUCCACAAGAAAGACUGAUCCCAUCCUGUCUGCUCUGGGUCUCAGGAGGCUUCGAAGAAAGUUUCUUAAGCCUUC